AUUUUUUUUUUAAAAUCACCACCAGUAUAAAAACCACUGGGCUCAUUUUAUACCCAGUGUAGAACAGAUGAGAGAUUCUGGCUCUCCAAAAUUUUCUUUCUUUGUGCAGCAUGUGAAGCAUUUUACAAAACCCAUUUCCACAUGAAGUAGCUUUGAGUGAAUUGCUGUACUUUUCUUGACAUACGUGGGUAAGAACCAUCUAAUUCUUCUUCUUCCAUCCAAAGCUCAGCAAACAAAACCAAUUACCUGAUAACUAAAUUAGGAAACACGUUAUUUUUCUGGGCCACCAGAACAGCUUUCAGCCAGUUCCCAAUAUUGUUGAUUCCACCUUCACCUCCACCUCCACCCAGACGGCCGUGAGGGGGCGUGGCUUCCGGAUCCCUCCCCCCUUGCAGGAGAAUCACCUGGACAGAAGAUAAGUUUUAGAGACACAAAACUGCGAGGGGGAGACUCAGGCCGGAGGAGGAUUCACUAGAUUCUUAUACGGCGUUUUCGCUUUUAUGAAGUUUUUAAAGCGGAGUUUUUAAAAUAUAUUUUGGAGUAGCACCUGCUCAGGUUCUCAGCGUCUGAGUUGGUUUUAUGUCUAUGGAUACUUUUCUCUGACUUCUGGAGCUACAAACGUAAACUUCAGGGAAUUUUUUUCGACCUUCGGCUAUUCGCGGUUUUAUUGUACUUUUUCCUCCACUGUGAGUUGAAGAACGGCCAAGAAAUCAAGGUGGUUUGGAGUUUUUACUAUUUAAAUUUUUUUUCACCACUUCGCUAAAAUGAAUUGGAAGGAGAUGCUCAAGUUUGUGCUCUGCGCCUUCAUGUGUGUCCAGUCUGCUGCUGCUGUGUCUGCUUCAGGUUGCAAAGGAGACAAAUGCAGUACUCAAGGCACCUUCCCUACAAUGCCCACUCUUCCUUCCUCCUCUGUUACCUCUUCUCCUUCACUUCCAGUAACUUCAUCUCUUUCCUCCUCCAUUUCCUCUCCUCCUUCAAGCUCUGCUUCCUCUUCUUCUUCUUCUUUGGCGAAAUCCUUACAGACCUCCCAGGACUUCCUGGGUCAGUUUACCCAGGUGAGGUCACCAAACAACGGGGACCGUAAACACCGUGACGCUAGCGCCGUACUGCCCUUCAUCGGCCUGACCAGCAGUGCUGAACAGAGUCGAAGCUGCUGUAAGAAUGGAGGAACCUGCAUCUUGGGCAGCUUCUGUGCCUGCCCUCCAUAUUUCACCGGGAGAACCUGCGAGUAUGACCAACGAAUCAGGACCUGUGGUUUGAUUCCUCACGGCGAGUGGGUUCAAAAGGGCUGCUCCUACUGCCGCUGUGGUUAUGGCACGCUGCACUGCUUCGCCAAAGUCUUCCAUAAAGAUUGUGAUGAUUCUGAUGAGGUGCGCUGGUAUCGUUCAUCGGCUGUCAGGAUGAUUCCCACUGGCUGCUUCUUCUUCUAUCUGAUCCUGCUUUCUCCUUUGUAUUUCUUCAUCUGAUGCCUUGAAACACCUGGAUUUAUGUGAAACUGUGUCUUAGCCUCAGCAGGAUAUUUUUGAAAGCUUGAAAUCAGAAGUGAGUCCUUAACAGAAACAGAUUUUCUGAAAUCUAUCAUUUUGCAUCCAGAAGGAAAAGACACACUUUGAACUGUAGCUGGACUGGACUGUGUCCUGAUUUAUGGGGACUCUUUUUUUUUUAAUUUUUUUAUGCUGUGGUUUAUAGGGAUCCACAGGCCACCCUGUCCCCUAACCAGAUCUAUUUAUACCCCCUUCUCGUGUGAGCACUAAGAGCUCAGUAGACUUAACCUUUCUCUUUCAAUGUGAAUAUUUUGAAGGAUUUGCUGAAUUCCCAGGUUAACGUGAUUCAACCCAAAAGACCCAACAUACAGCCAACAUAAUUCUCCCAAUUAAAAUGUUCAAUAUAUCAUUCAGAACUUCUUCUCGUUCAGACAAACCAUGUACCCCUAUUUCUUUGUUUCUAUACCCAUAUAUGUGUCAGAUGUCUUGAAGAAGAAAUGAAAUAUGUGAAGGAAGCUGUACAUAAGAUUUUUAUGCAAAAUAUAAUUUUUUCUUUGGUAAUUUUAGGAUCUCUUACUAAACACUAGAUUUUUUUCUCUUUGUAAAAGAUGAUACAGAGUUUCUGUUUUUUACACUUUGUGCAAAAAGACAGAAGACACCAACUCAGCCAGUGUGACAUUUUGUCCUUAAAUAUAAACAUGUACGCACUGUGUUUAUUAAAGAUUUACAGUACUGUGCCACUGAUGGUGUCUGUAUGGUGAGAAAAUUGCUUUGUCUUCAUUUAAACUAUAACACUCAGUUUACCAAAUUAAUAUGAUUGCAUUGCAGUUUUUCCUUUCGUUCCAUCUCUGUGACUCUAUUAUCUGUAGGUAUUUUCAGAAGGAGCUGUUGUCUCCCUGCCUGUUAUCUCCAGAGUUUAUUGAUGAGGUUAGGAUUGAUUAUCUGCUGCUCUCUUAUCUUAA